AUGGCGUGCAGCACCAUCAUCGGAGUAAUGGUCAUGGCAUUGCUCGUGCUCCAGCUCCAUUCGACUACUUUGGCAGAUGAAAAAUGGUGUGUGGCAUCAGAGAACGCAAUGGAUGGACCUCCACAAGAAGCUUUGGACUGGGCGUGCUCACCGAAUGACGGGGCUGCAAACUGUAGUGACAUUCAAGAAACCGGGCCCUGCUACAUCCCUAAUAAUAUAAAAGCCCAUGCUUCAUAUGCCUUCAAUUCCUACUGGCAGCUCCACAGAGAUGAAGACGACUCUUGCAACUUCAAUGGCCUUGCUAUUCAAACUUCAACGGAUCCAAGCCAUGACAACUGCCAUUUCUCAAGCACAGCAGGAGCUGCAAAACUGGAACAGGAGGAAAAAGAACAAACAAUGUGCAUGUGUGCUGAUUGUCUAUGCUCCCUUUGCCGCAGUGCAAUCAUCACUAAUAUUGAGAUUCCAAUCAUGUGA